CUGAAGAGCCAGGUUUGGAAACUACACUGUCUGAGUCAGGGUCAGAGCAGACGACAGCUCAGGCUGAGGAAAAUAGCACUCCUACUGACGAAGCAGCAGCAAAUCCACCCCCUGAUAUGACAACAGUUGGGAAAACGAACAAAGGCGAGGCUCCCCCUGUCCCUCCAUGUAGUGAAUCGUCUCCAGAACCAGCAAAGAAAGAGGACCCACAGAGUGACCCCUCAGCCUCUGAGAAGGCAAAUGAACCAGACCAAGCUGAUGAGUCGGCUGAUUUAGAGGAGGAGAAAGUGUCUGAAUCCUCCUCCACUGCUCCUGAAGAGCCAGGUUUAGAAAACAACAAAGACGAGCAUGAGAAAACUGGAACUCCUCCAACAUCUCCAUGUGGGAAAACGAACAAAGGCAAGGCUCCUCCUGUCCCUCCACGUAGUUCAUUGUCUCCAAAACCAGCAAAGAAAGCGGACCCAGCUGAUGAACCGGCCGACUUUGAGGAGGAGAAAAAGUCUCAUCAGGAAUCCUCCGCUGCUCCUGAAGAGCCAGGUUUGAAAACUACACUGUCUGAGUCAGGGUCAGAGCAGACGACAGCUCAGGCUGAGGAAAAUAGCACUCCUACUGACGAAGCAGCUACAGAUCAGCAAGCAGACAGGAACAAAGGUCAUGUCGACUCAAUGAAAAGGAGGUUUGAUCCAAAAUUUUGUGAAAAGAGUUAAAGGAGGCAGAGCAGGAUGGGGAAGCGAAUGUUCCUUCAGAUAGUGUCUUUCCUGCAAAGGCACUUUCGCCAUUAACCCAAAACUCUCCAAAUGUGGACAUAGACAAACCUAUUUCUACACCUGAAAAGGAACCAGCGAUGUAUGGAGACACUUCCCAGCAGCCUCACAGCCCUAUACAAACAAAACCAGACAACGAGCACACCAGUACUUUGCAAGAGUCUCCAGACACUCCACACAAAACUCCAGAUCAAGAGAAAAAGUUCAAGAACACACAGGACUCAGUUGAGUCUAGUGAGGAUGAAGAUGAAACUGCCCAGUGUUGUCCAAAAGAAGAAAAGUGAGAGCCUUAGUGAGGAUAAAAUACAAAAGAAAGAUAAAGUUGUUACAUAUGCCAUCAUACAAUUUGGCAAAAUGAAAAGAGAAAUCUAAAGAAGGAAGCAGACAGUAAAAUCAAAGUUACAUAUUUUAUAGUAUGCAGACAAAUAUUUGCUGUGUUGACGUGGACUGAAAGCUAAAGGUCGUUAUUUUUUAUAAAGUAACUUUAUAUAAAAGGUAUAACAGGAUGCUAAUUAGAUAAGUGACUCAGAGAGAUGACAUCCACCUGAAAUGACAAUGGGACCAGAAGUAAAAGUUUAUUUCAUUCAUGUUUUUGUAUACCUUUCUCUGGUCCUAAUACUUUUAACUGCUUAGCUUUAAUACCAAUAAUUUGUAAUAUAAAUAUAUUUUUAUAUUAUUCAUGUAAUGAGUUUGGCAUCUUUACAUUUAAUGUACAUCUUACUUCAUCGUACAGCUAAACAAAUCAGCUAUUGACACUACAUAUGUUACAUUGACGUUACAUAUUUGAUUCGUUUAAACAAAUGAACAGCACUAACGCAGCGCUGAUGAAUUUCAUGCUGUGAACUUUGACUUUACAUAUAGAAACCCCAGAAUAACAGAAAUAAUCCUCAUAUUUUACCUUAGUCAUGAAGUAGACUUUAUGGUGCUAGGAAAGUAUUGAAGCAAAAUGCUUUAUUCAAGAGUUAAAAUAUUAAAAUGUCAGUAUAUAUCCCUGUUGAUGAAGGUACUUUAAAAUAUCUGUCAUGUUAUAUACGUAGUUAUGUCAGAAUAUACAAACCUGAUUCUCCUGUGCUCCUGUCCCAACCUUUUGGAUUGUGCUGCAGGCAUCAUAAUGAGUUUACAUCUACAAUUUUACAUAACAGUAGUCUGUUCAUCAAUUUGAAUAUUAAAUAUACGUUAUUCAUAUUUGUUGUAUUAUACAGUGCCAACCUUUUUGGAAUCAGUGGUUGUAAAAGUAACCAUCGUACCCGUUGGUGAAGAUGUAUCGCUGUCAGAUAUUUUUUCUUUCAGGUACUUUUUGUUCUUGUACUGUUUUGUGCACUUUUAGCAGCUUGUUUCUGUAUGUUCACUGCCUUGAAAAUGUUUAAGCUCAGGGUACAUUUCUCAUAUUUGUUACUGUUACAUUUAAACUGUUUGUGUAUUGUUAAACUUUCUCCUGUGUUGUUCAUGAAUGUUUUAAUAAAGGCAACACUAGUGUGA